GGGUGAGGAUUGUUGUUUCGGGGAGGUGGAGGGCUUGGGCUAGGCUUGUUAGGGGUGGGAGGGUGUCGCCUAGGCCGUGGAGGAGGAGGAGGAUGUUUGUUGGUGUUGCGCUUGCUGGGGUUGAGGUGGUGGUUGAGGUGGGUGGUGGUGGUGGUGGGGUGAGGGUUAGAGUUAGGUUUGGGGGAAGUCGGUGGGGUUGGGGAGGCGGGUGGGUGGCAUUUUGGUUGUAUUGGUAUUAUGCAGUGCAGUCGUAUGUUGUGUGUAGAUAGGUGGAGUAGAAGAGUAGGUGUGGUGUGCAAUAGUGGUUAGAAUAAGCUAGUAGUAGUAGUAGUUGUGGUGGUGAAAUGAAAA